CCGGGGCGUCCCUGCUGCAGGUGGCUCCCCCGGGGCCGCUGUGGCCGCAGGUGGGGGUACUCCUUGGCGUCGUGGGGAGGGCUAGGUAAUGAUUUGCCUGGAAGAGAACUCACUUAAGUGCUGGACUUUUGCCCCGGGGAAGGGGACAAUACAUCUGUUUCGCAAAUCACAGAGGUCAUUGGUUGGAAAGCUAACACAUGAAUUUAGGCUGGUUGCAGCAGAUAGAAGGUCCUGGAAGAUCUUGCUGUUUGGUGCUGUAAAUUUAAUAUGUAUUGGUUUCCUGCUAAUGUGGUGCAGCUCUACAAACAGCAUAGCUUUAACUGCUUACACGUAUUUGACAAUCUUUGAUCUUUUCAGUUUGAUAACAUGUCUAAUAAGCUACUGGGUAAUGGUGAAGAAACCCAGUCCAGUCUAUUCAUUUGGGUUUGAGAGGUUUGAAGUUCUAGCUGUAUUUGCUUCUACAGUUCUGGCACAGCUUGGUGCUCUUUUUAUAUUGAAAGAAAGCGCAGAGCGAUUUCUGGAGCAACCUGAGAUACACACGGGGCGACUACUAGUUGGUACUUUUGUGGCUCUCUUUUUCAACUUAUUUACAAUGCUUUCUGUCAGGAAUAAGCCUUUUGCUUAUGUCUCUGAAGCUGCAAGCACGAGUUGGCUUCAGGAGCAUGUUGCAGAUCUCAGUAGAAGUAUUUGUGGAAUCAUCCCAGGACUGAGUAGCAUCUUUCUACCACGGAUGAACCCUUUUGUCUUGAUUGAUAUUGCUGGAGCUCUAGCUCUUUGCAUUACGUAUAUGCUCAUUGAAAUCAACAAUUACUAUGCUGUAGACACAGCCUCAGCUAUAGCAAUAGCUUUGAUGACAUUUGGUACCAUGUAUCCCAUGAGUGUCUACAGCGGAAAAGUACUGCUCCAGACAACCCCACCACAUGUGUUUGGCCAGUUGGAUAAACUUCUUAGAGAGGUUUCAACUUUGGAUGGUGUCUUGGAAGUUCGAAAUGAGCAUUUCUGGACUUUAGGUUUUGGCACUUUGGCUGGAUCAGUACAUGUCCGAAUUCGGAGAGAUGCGAAUGAGCAAAUGGUACUUGCCCAUGUCACUAACAGGUUAUAUACAUUGGUCUCAACGUUGACUGUUCAGAUUUUCAAAGAUGACUGGAUCAGACCUACCUUAUCAUCCGUGCCUAUUGCAAACAAUAUGCUGAACCUUUCGGAUCAUCACAUUGUUACAAUGCCGUCUUUGAAAGCUGCUGACAACUUGAACCCUAUUACAUCUACUCCAGCUAAGCCCAGCAGCCCGCCACCAGAAUUUUCUUUCAAUACACCAGGCAAAAAUGUGAAUCCAGUUAUCCUUUUAAACACUCAGACAAGGCCCUAUGGAUUGGGCCUUAAUCAUGGAUCCACACCUUACAGCAGUGUACUCAAUCAAGGAUUUGGAUUACCGGGAAUGGGAGCAACUCAAGGAUUCAGAACUGGCUUUACAAAUGUCCCGAGCAGAUAUGGAACAAACACUCGUGGUCAAUCCCGACCAUAAUAAACACCAUUAUUUAUUGUACUUAAGGGUAUUGACUUAAUUAUUUUAUUACCCAAUUUUUAUGAACAUUUGGAAUGUCAGAGCAUUCUAAAUGGCUGGGAACAAGUGCAUUGUUCAUAUUCGUGAAGUGGAUAAAUUGCUUUUUUUUCUUUACGUUAACAGUAGCCUGUGUAAUGCCACAAAUGUUUUCCAGACUUAUGAUACUUUACAGGUAGUUUUUAUAGUGUCUACUUUUAUUCAGCGUUCUACUUGCUCUCCUUUUUUUCCCCAAGAAUGUAUUAAGAUUACAGCACAACUACAUAAGAGAGUAAAAUUGUGACCACGUAAUGUUUUUUUCUAAUGAGGGCAGCUUACUGAGUGCUGAAUGGUUGAGAGAAAAGGAAAUCACAGAUGUGCAAGACUCUGUUUUUGAGGAUGUUUUGAUUGCUAUAUUAAGCCACCUUUUGGCAAAGUCACAAUUAGUUUUUUCCAGAGUUGCAAAAGUCCAUCCAUAUUCAUAUUGUGGCCAUUGUAAAGAUGAUCUGGCACUUCAAAUUCUACGUAAUUUUAUGAGACAGUGUUUUUAACAUUUUUGUUGAUGCCUUUAUAGAAAUUCAGGUGGCUCAGCAACCAUUUUCUAGCUGUAAGUUUUUCAUAUCCAUCUCUGAUAUUUCUUUAUUUUUGAUUUAAUUUCAAAAUUACUUAGCAAUAUACUGGGAAAUAAAGGAUUUCAAACUUAAGAUUUUACAGGCACCUCUUUUUUACAGUUAACCCUGUUUAAGAUACAGAACAGAUGUCUGUUUUGUUUCUGAAGCCAGUAUUUCAUUUUUCACUAUGGAAAGUAUUCUCCGAUUUGAUUGUGACUUUGUAUUUUGCCUCUUUGUAUUUUUCCUGUAGUUUCAGGAGAAAAGGAUUACUUACUUCUAUGCCUAGUUUCUAUCCAGAAUAGUGUCAGUUCUUACAGUCCGUGCUGGAGUGCUAUUCGGGGCACACUGGGAACAAGACUGCCUGACUGUGUCUGCUUUUGCAUUAUUGUUCCACUGUGCAUUUAGAAGGCCCUAUUUCUUUGUGGCCUUUCUCAGUGAGCUCUUCUCCCUGCUUGGUUUUUCCGCCCUUCUCUGAUGGUAACAGGGGGAAAGGCUUUGUAGAAAUACGUCCGUUUUUUUUCUGUCCUCCCCUGCAGUACGCAUCUUUUCAUUCCCCAACCAAAACUUCCUUUGCAUUUUCUUCUGCAUCUCUUGGCUGUUCAGGAACGGGUUGCCCAUUCCUAUCGUUUCACUUGCAACUCAGGGUGCUGUGUGUUGGCUUGCACCUCAUUAUCGUGUAUCCAAAGUCUCCCCAUUUGUCCCAGGCAGAGAGCUGUAGAAUCUCAGGGACUCCAAGUGUAAUAUUGUUUGUUACCUGAAGAUAAUGAGUUUGAUAGAGAGAAAGAUCUUGUUCUCCUCUAGAUUCUCCUCUAGAACUACAUUAAGAAGCAGCCACCUUCAUUUAGAUUUUCAAGAUCUGUGGCUUCUUCACAUUGGCUGAGGAUGUUUUCUUUUUUUAUGUUUUUUUUCUCCGCUGCCUGUGUAUCUCACUUUGACACAUGGACAAGGGUGGCACUCCCGCAAACAAAGCGAGGUGAACAUUCUGCACACAGGUACCUUGCUGGGAUUUUGUAGGCUGAGGGUAGCAUCCAGACUGCCACUGGCAUACAGUAAUGUAAGUUACACAUGGGGGAUCUAACUCUGUACUUCAUUUGCAGCAACAAUAGUAGUUUCACUGCUGUCUUGGAAUAUGAAUGUGAAAAUCGCAUUUCAAAAUUACGGCGUUCCGAGGUCAGCAUUUGCUCCGUAACCACCGUCAUCUCAUUGCUCCGUGCUUAUGCGUAGUCCAUCCGAUGUGCCACUGCUGCGUGGAAACUCACCGAAGUACAGAAUGCUUCAACAGAUUUCCUGUACCUCCUGGGUGCUGAACCGGGCUGCACUCUGCAACACCUGCAGCAGCGUAGUGCCAGCAGAAUGUUUACAUUUACUACUCUCACGUGGCCUAUCGCAGAAUUGUUCCUUACUCCAGUUUCAUAAGCAACUUUUCCUUUUUGGUGACAUUUGAAAUAUAUUGUAUUAUAUCGAUUGCAUGCCUACUUGUUUUUAGUAGAAAAUUAAAGCUUCAUUUUGUUAAAAAAAAAAAAAAAAA